GGCGGGGUUGGCUACUCCAACGCUGACCUGGCUGGAGUGCUACUAACUGGAAUGAGCCCUUUGUCCCCAUAUUUAAACUUGGACCCCAGAUAUCUAGUACAGGAUACAGAUGAAUUUAUCUUGCCCACAGGAGCCAACAAAACUCGAGGCAGAUUUGAGCUGGCCUUUUUUACCAUUGGAGGAUGUUGUAUGACAGGAGCAGCAUUCGGUGCACUGAAUGGCUUGCAACUUGGCUUGAAAGAGACACAGAAUAUGGCAUGGUCAAAACCUAGAAAUGUACAAAUUCUAGAUAUGGUGACAUGGCAGGGAGCAUUAUGGGCUAACAUUCUGGGACCUCUGGCUCUACUUUAAAGUGCAUUUGAAGUCAUCAUAGAAAAAACACAAGGUGCAGAAGAUGACCUGAAUACCAUUGCUGCUGGAACCUUGACAGGAAUGCUCUACAAAAGCACUGGUGGAGUGCGUGGGAUAGUACGAGGUGGUAUUGCAGGUCUGACACUGACUGGCCUCUACGCUCUCUACAACAACUGGAAGCACAUGAAGGACUCCAUAGCUGGGCAGUCCCUCUGAGCAGGGCAGCCACUGCGGGA